ACUCGGCGUUCUGGCCUACACAGGCGCUACUCUGUGGCAUCUCGGGUUCCCUCUAGCCGCACUCUGGAGGACUACACUCGGUUUCUUUCGGCCGCGAGAGGCCCAGCAGUCUCCGCCGAGCUGGGAGAAAGAUGGCGGCAGCCGUGCGACAGGAUUUGGCCCAGCUCAUGAAUUCGAGCGGCUCUCAUAAAGAUCUGGCGGGCAAGUAUCGUCAGAUCCUGGAAAAAGCCAUUCAGUUAUCUGGGGCAGAACAACUAGAAGCUUUGAAAGCUUUUGUGGAAUCAAUGGUAAAUGAGAAUGUCAGCCUCGUGAUCUCUCGCCAGUUGCUGACUGAUUUCUGCACCCAUCUCCCUAACCUGCCUGAUAGCACAGCCAAAGAAAUCUAUCAUUUCACCUUGGAAAAGAUCCAGCCUAGAGUCAUUUCAUUUGAGGAGCAGGUUGCUUCCAUAAGACAGCAUCUUGCAUCCAUAUAUGAAAAAGAAGAAGAUUGGAGAAAUGCAGCCCAAGUGUUGGUGGGAAUUCCUUUGGAAACAGGACAAAAACAGUACAAUGUUGAUUAUAAACUGGAGACCUAUCUGAAGAUUGCUCGGCUAUAUCUGGAGGACGAUGAUCCAGUCCAGGCAGAGGCUUACAUAAAUCGGGCAUCGUUGCUCCAGAAUGAAUCAACCAAUGAACAGUUACAGAUACAUUAUAAGGUAUGCUAUGCACGUGUUCUUGAUUAUAGAAGAAAAUUCAUUGAAGCUGCACAGAGGUACAAUGAACUCUCUUACAAGACAAUAGUGCAUGAAAGUGAAAGACUAGAGGCCUUAAAACAUGCUCUGCACUGUACCAUCUUAGCGUCAGCAGGACAGCAGCGUUCUCGGAUGCUAGCUACUCUUUUUAAGGAUGAAAGGUGCCAGCAGCUUGCUGCUUACGGAAUCCUAGAGAAAAUGUACCUAGAUAGGAUCAUCAGAGGAAAUCAACUUCAAGAAUUCGCUGCCAUGCUGAUGCCUCACCAGAAAGCAACUACAGCUGAUGGUUCUAGCAUCUUGGACAGAGCUGUUAUUGAACACAAUUUAUUGUCUGCAAGCAAAUUAUAUAACAAUAUUACCUUUGAAGAACUUGGAGCCCUUUUAGAGAUUCCUGCAGCUAAGGCAGAAAAGAUAGCAUCGCAAAUGAUCACAGAAGGACGUAUCAAUGGAUUUAUUGAUCAGAUUGAUGGAAUAGUUCAUUUUGAAACACGAGAAGCCCUGCCAACAUGGGACAAACAGAUCCAGUCACUCUGUUUCCAGGUGAAUAACCUGUUGGAGAAAAUCAGUCAGACAGCCCCAGAAUGGACGGCACAAGCCAUGGAGGCCCAGAUGGCACAGUGACCCCUUGCAGACCGUCUGUGCACACUACAUCUGUUUCCACGUACGGAUUCACUUCACUCUCUCAGAAACACUUGCAUCAUGACCUUACAUAUUUCAAUCCCUUUUAUGCUGGAUUCUAUUUAAAGAAGACAUUAUUAGAGCAGGAAGUACAAGCAUUUAAAAGUACGUAGUUCCCAUUUAUUCAGGGUCUCUGUGUAUCAAGCUAACUCAGAUGUUUUGAAAGCUUUUUCUUUAAACAGAGUAAGUGAAAUAACUGUGGCUAAGAAGUUCGGGAUUUGUGAUAACUUUGUAGUCAUGUAAAACUUAAGCGCAUUGUGCCUCUCCACAUGUGGUUAUUCUAAUAAAUGGAGAAGUGAGCCAAAUAAAAGUAGUAGUUUGUUUUUAAUUA